GCUAGAGUACGUGAGAAGUGUUUGAACCCUCGAAGUAAUAACAAACCAAAAGAAGGAAAGAAAAAAAAAAAUAAAUAAAAUAAUUCACAUCGUCAAGAUAAAUGUGAUAGUCUAAUCACGAGUAUCGAGUAUAAAAUAAAAGCGUCGUGACAAUUGGCAUAAUGGGCAGUAAAUCCAAUUGAAUAAUAUAAGUGUCCUACAUUAUAGCAACAAAUAUAAUAUCAAUAUAUACCCAUAAAAAAUGACCACCACUCCAGGAAAUAGCGCAGCAGCUGACGGCUCUGGGAAUUCAAUAAACAAACGUCAUGUCCCAAGUACGAAUGUUCUUUACGGUAUUGGCGGAUCAAUUGAGGACAAGAAUAGUGAUUACCUUUGUCCAAUUUGCUUCGAAGUAAUCGAUGAAGCUCAUAUAACGCGCUGUGGUCAUACCUUUUGCUACAGAUGCAUCACCAAAACAUUAGAAAGCCUUGGAAGAUGUCCUCAAUGCAGCUUCACUCUUGGCCAGCAAGAUAUAUUUCCAAAUUUUCUUUUGAACGAACUCGUUUCAAAAUAUAAGAUGAGAAUGAAAGGAAUUGGAGAAUUGGGUUGUGCCCAUGGAGGCGAGGGUAGAAGACGAGGGAGUGGUUCAGAAUCGUCAGUGACUCCAUGCGAUGGGCUGCGAGAUUUUGUAGCAGCAGAGAGUGCAAAUUUAACACUACCUGACGUAAACGUCAUGUUAGAAGUUUUAACCCAAAGGAAACUAUUGCUUGAAGCAGAAUCAUGUGCAGCUCAAAAUAAACUUCUGCAUGAAUUCUUGAAGCAUUUACUUCAGCAAAAGGAAGAGCAACGUAAUCAAUUACAAAAGGAGGUUGCUCUUAUAAAACGAGAUAUGGAUGAAGUCGAAUUAAUACUCAAAGACGUUCAGAGCAAGUGUCCUCGUAUUGAAGAUCUUAAACGAACAGGGGAGAAUGAGAGUGCUCAAAUGUCUGCUAUUCGUAAAGAGAUGAUAGAUCUUAUUGACAUUAUUGAUUCAAAUAUGGUAAAACCGGAUCUUGAAAAGAAUUCUCAUAAGUCAGAGUACGCCCCAAUAUCAACAUUGGCAGUAAGACGUAAACGAAUGCACGCACAUUUCGAGGACUUUGUACAAUGUUAUUUUGAUGCUAGAGCAAAGGAUUUACUGCUUGGAGUUGAAAAAAAUCCAGUGAAUCCAGUAAAUUUGUCUCCAAUGGACACAGUACAUGGCAUAUCAUCAGGUUUAGAUAUAUUCAGAGACAAUUUAGUUAAAUUUUCCCGUUAUAAUUCUCUCCGACCUCUGGCUACCCUCAAUUAUUCAUCAGAUAUUUUUAACAAUUCAACCAUCGUUUCCAGCAUCGAAUUUGAUAAGGACAACGAAUUUUUUGCUAUUGCCGGUGUGACAAAGCGUAUCAAGGUCUUUGAUUAUGGUGCAGUUAUAAGGGAUACUGUUGAUAUUCAUUAUCCAUGUGUUGAAAUGGUUUCAAGUUCAAAAAUAUCAUGUGUCUCGUGGAAUUCGUAUCAUAAGGGGAUGCUUGUCUCUUCAGAUUAUGAAGGGACGGUAACCGUCUGGGAUGCAGCAACCGGGCAGAGAACCAAGGCCUUUCAGGAGCACGAGAAGAGGUGCUGGUCAGUUGAUUUUAAUGACGUUGACACGAGAUUGAUAGCCUCGGGCUCAGACGACGCUAGAGUUAAACUUUGGUCGUUGAAUAUUGAUCAUUCUGUCGCUUCUUUAGAAGCUAAAGCCAAUGUUUGUUGUGUAAAAUUCAAUCCGAGAAGUUCUUGUCAUUUGGCUUUUGGCUCGGCUGAUCACUGUGUACAUUACUAUGAUCUAAGGAAUAUGAAGGAGGCAUUGUGCAUUUUUAAGGGCCAUCGUAAAGCUGUUUCUUACGUUAAAUUUAUAAAUAAAGAAGAAAUUGUUUCGGCGAGUACUGAUUCACAGCUCAAAGUUUGGAAUAUCAAUAAUCCACAUUGUUUGAGAUCAUUUGUCGGUCAUGUUAAUGAAAAAAAUUUUGUUGGUCUCGCUACGGAUGGUGAUUAUGUUGCCUGUGGCUCUGAAAACAAUGCUCUUUAUGUUUAUUAUAAGGGACUUACAAAACAACUUUUCUCAUAUAAAUUUGAUGCGGUCAGAACUGUUCUAGAACUGCAUGAGAGAAGAGAGGAAGAUCCCAAUGAAUUUGUAUCUGCUGUGUGCUGGAGACAAAUGUCUAAUGUUGUAGUGGCUGCUAAUUCACAGGGAAUUAUCAAAAUUCUAGAGCUCGUUUGAGAUGUAUAUCUAAUAAUUCCAUUAUUUUUAUGUAAUCACACAACGAUAGGUCAAUAACGAUACAUUUAAAA